CUCCGAAGGAGAAUUCCCGAAACAAAUUCAAAUUUUUAUUUUCGUCUGCGGCUCUCAAGGAAUGGACAAGCAGAUGGGUCACGUGACGUGGAUUGACGCAGUGGCCAGGGCUAAUGAUGAAACAUCGUCCAGUGACAGGAGCAAAAGGACUGUUAAAUUGCUGCCAAAAUUAAAGGUCAGUCCCUGCCCCAUAUUCAGGCGCAACAACUUACUGGAAAACCUUACGUUCCACCAAAUAGAGCUUCGUCAAAGAGCAGAAGCGCGCAGUGAUACAAUCUUGUCUACUUCCUGUCAUGGCAUUAGCACAAGGCACAGAACUACACCAGUCAACAGAGACCCGAAUCUUGACAGGAGAUUGCAGUUGGAGCAAGAAGCUGAGUUUUUAACUCGUGUCCACCUUGGCAUGGCACAGAAGUACGCCCUCCCGUCAUUGCCUAAGGAGCCAAUGUCCGACUUCGUCUCGUCCUGGGUCUCACAGGGAGCAAGCUUCCACUGGUCAGAGCAACACAAGCACUCCACGUGAGCAUCAAAAGGUCAUCAGUAAGAUAGUCCAUAAUUUGCAACACCAUAACAUCGUGGUCUUAUCAAGAAAAAAAAAUAAUGCUCCUAGUUUACUCAUCUCAGAAAACAAGGCUUAAAGAAAUGUGCGUGUUUUCUACCAAUGCAUGUAAUCGAGAGAAAAAAAAAUCAUCAUAAAUAA